GACUGCAAGAUCAAAAGGUUAUGCUUUUGUGGAGUUUGCCUCUGAUGAAGUUGCCAAAAUUGUGGCUGAAACUAUGCACAAUUACAUGAUGUUCGGAAGAUUAUUAAAAUGCAAAGUUAUCCCAAAUGACAGAGUCCAUCCCAGGCUAUGGAAAGGAUCGAACAGAAAAUUUCGUUUCAUACCACGGCAACAAAAUGAAAUUAAGAAGCAAAAUAAGCCAAAGACACACGAGGAACAUCAAAAGCAAGUGAGCAACAUUCUCAAGAAAGAACAAAAGAAGAGAAAAAAGAUGAAAGAUCUGGGGAUCGAGUAUGACUUUCCCGGUUAUGUUUCAGAGAUAAAGAUAAAACGCCCUAAACACACAAGAUUCAGCAACAAUGAAACUGAAGAUUAGUGGUACACAGGGCCUUUUUUCUUCAAACUACCAAAGAGCAAAGAAGAGCCAAAACCUGUAAUCAAACUGAUUUUUCACCAGCAUAAGGCAACAUUUCUGAGUGUUGAGCACUUGCCAACAAGGACUGACAAUAUGCCUGCUGGAUUGAUAUUACGGAUCUGUUCUUAAUGGAAAAACACUAGGACUGGAUGUAUGACCUUUGUAUGCUACAAAUAUCAGAGCAAUCCAUGACAGCCAAAAAAGAACUCAUCGUAAAUGGUAGAAAGCUUUUAUUUGAAGAGACUUUUUAUGACCAAGAGAUUUCAUGUUUCACACGAUAUUCUGGCGCAUGCCUGACUUUUUAAAGUUUGUUCAUUUCGUAAAUCCUCUUCAAUCCUAGUUAUCUGACUUUUAGAAGUCAAAAUAACAAAUAAACAACAACCAAAGCUUAAAGGC